AUGGACCGAAGCGAUUCUUCAACAGCUGAAGAAGAAUUAUACAUAAUCUUAAAAGAUGCCCUUACAAGUGAGAACAAGCAAAUAAUUGAUUGCUACGACAAAGUGUUUUUGAGAAACUUACUAAACUCUUCACGCGAAAAUUCUAUGCAUAUGAACAUUUCACAUGAAGGCAGAUAUAUAUUUAAAGGAUACCCUUCUGGGAACUAUAUCAAGCAGCUAGCAAAAGUUGUUGCUUUAUGGAGUCAAAUCGGGACAUUUCCUAUUUCUUUUGUAAAUUUAACUGGCUUUGAUACCGAAAUAACGCGAAAAGAAAUCGAGAAUUUAUCUACACUCUCGAGCCUAGUUGUAGAUCUGGUUAGUCGCUUAAAUGACCCAGCAGUUCCCAGCUUAGCUGAAAAUCUCCUUUUGCGAAUGGGGCCAAGAGGGGUUUUGACAUGCUUAGGUGUUAGACGAACUCAAGGGAGCAUUGAUAAAUGUUUGCCUCCGUCGAAAAGUUUUCUUGAGAGGGCGUUUUCACAGCUUCAUACUGCUGAAGAAAGCAAAAAAUCAUCUCUGACUGUUGGAGCAAGGGCGCUUACAAAGCACUGUCACCGAAGCUCAGAUGGAUUCUGGGGGAAAAUCUCUGGUACUGAAGUCAUGAAAAAUGCAGUUGCUCAGCAAGUAUUGGAUAGAUUCUUUACGAACUGUGUGUGGAUUAAUAUUCACUGUUUACCAAAUGAAGAACCAGUUAUUGAAGUCCGAGUGCAGGAAGGGUAUGGAGUAAGAUGACUGAUCAAUAAACAACAAUUUAGAGGAUUUUUAGAGCCUCAGAUGGAAGGUGGCCAUGAAAGGGGUUGGAGGCAUUAG